UUUGGUUUUGAAAAAAAAAAAAGAAAGUACCGCAAUAAGCUCCUCGAUUCUCUUCUUUCCUUAUUCUUCAUCCAUUUCACCUUCGCAUCUAUCUAUCCGCAUGAAUCUCUGUUUUGAUCUCACUCCUUCACAUCUUGUUUGAUCCAUUACAUUUCACGAUCUGCGCUUCCUACAUGUGCCUGUAAAAUCUCGUUUCGUUGUUCUUUCGAGUCUUCAUUGAGGAGGGAGAACGAUGGGGGCCGUAGCUAGGACCGUGUUCCCCGUAUGCGAAAGCUUGUGUUGCUUUUGUCCCGCGUUGCGAGCCAGAUCCAGACAUCCCGUCAAGAGAUACAAACAACUUCUCGCCGAUAUCUUCCCUCGUUCCCCGGAUGAGCAACCUAACGACAGAAAAAUAAGCAAACUAUGUGAAUAUGCUGCCAAAAACCCUCUUCGUAUCCCUAAGAUUACAACCUAUCUUGAACAAAGGUGUUACAAGGAACUGAGACUGGAGCAAUUUCACUCUGUCAAGAUUGUUAUGUGUAUCUACAAGAAGCUCUUGGUUGCCUGUAAUGAACAAAUGUCGUUGUUUGCUAGUAGCUACCUUGGCCUCAUUCAUAUCCUUCUGGAUCAAUCCAGGCAUGAUGAAAUGCGCGUUUUAGGUUGUGAAGCUAUCUAUGACUUUGUUACCAGUCAGACAGAAGGCACAUACAUGUUUAACUUAGAUGGGUUGAUCCCAAAAAUAUGUCCUCUAGCUCACGAACUUGGAGAAGAAGAAAGAACAAUACAUUUGUGUUCUGCUGGCCUCCAAGCUCUCUCAUCCUUGGUUUGGUUCAUGGGAGAGUUUUCACAUAUCUCAGUGGAAUUUGACAAUGUUGUCUCUGUUGUCUUAGAAAAUUAUGGAGGAGUUGUUCAAUCUUCCACUGGUGCUGUACAACAACAAGACAACAACACUGCUUCUGAACUUUCUCCCGCAGAAGCUGAGACAAGGAUUGCUUCUUGGACAAGAAUUGUGGAUGAAAGAGGCAAGGCCAUUGUAUCUGUGGAAGAUUCUAAGAAUCCUAAGUUUUGGUCGAGGGUUUGUCUUCAUAAUCUUGCCAAGUUAGCAAAAGAAGCUACAACAGUGAGGCGUGUACUCGAGUCACUCUUCCGCUACUUUGAUUUCAAUGAAGUUUGGUCCACGGACAACGGUCUUGCUUUAUAUGUUCUGCAGGACGUUCAGUUACUAAUAGAAAGAUCUGGGCAAAACACUCACUUCUUGUUGUCUAUCCUGAUCAAGCAUCUUGAUCACAAGAAUGUUCUAAAGAAACCUAAGAUGCAACUGGACAUAGUUUAUGUUGCAACUGCACUUGCUCAACAGACUAAAGUUCAGCCAUCUGUUGCAAUAAUUGGUGCGUUGAGCGAUAUGAUCAGGCAUCUGAGGAAGAGCAUUCAUUGUUCAUUAGAUGAUUCAAAUCUUGGGAAUGAGAUGAUUCAGUAUAAUCUCAAGUUUGAAACUGCAGUUGAGCAAUGCCUAGUGCAGUUAUCACAGAAGGUAGGAGAUGCAGGUCCUAUCCUGGACAUAAUGGCUGUCAUGUUAGAAAGCAUGUCAAACAUUACAGUCAUGGCAAGAACCCUAAUCUCCGCUGUCUUCCGCACAGCACAGAUUAUAGCAGCCAUACCAAAUCUAUCAUAUGAAAACAAGGCUUUUCCAGAUGCACUGUUCCAUCAGUUGCUUCAAGCUAUGGUCUGUGCUGACCAUGAAUCUAGGAUGGGUGCGCACCGUAUAUUCUCUGUGGUUCUAGUCCCAUCUUCUGUUUGUCCAAACUCAGUUCCAAAGUCUAGAAGGCCUGCUGAUAUGCAGAGGACAUUGUCGAGAACCGUAUCUGUGUUCUCUUCUUCAGCUGCACUGUUUAGAAAACUGAAGAUGGAGGCGGAUAACUCUGUAGAUGGUGCUGCAAAGAUUGAGAGAGUCUCAACACUUAGCAGGUCACAGUCAAGGUUUGCUAGUAGAGGUGAGAGUUUUGAUGAGGAGGAACCAAAGAACAAUACAAGUUCUGUAUUGAGCCGGUUAAAGUCAAGUUACAGCAGGAGUCAGAGUGUGAAAAGGAACCCAUCAUCAAUGGUAUCUGAUCAGAAUCCUUUGGGAGGUUCAGAAGAGAAACCAGUGAUACCUUUAAGAUUAAGCAGCCACCAGAUUUGCCUUUUGCUUUCUUCCAUAUGGGUGCAGUCUUUGUCUCCUCACAACAUGCCACAAAACUAUGAAGCCAUUGCUAAUACAUAUAGCUUAGUACUUCUCUUUGGAAGGACUAAGAACUCAAGCAAUGAAGUCUUGGUCUGGAGCUUCCAGCUAGCAUUUUCUUUGAGGAAUCUUUCUCUUGGAGGACCAUUGCAGCCAUCAAGGCGUAGAUCACUCUUUACUCUGGCUACAUCAAUGAUCAUUUUCUCAGCAAGAGCCUUCAACAUCCCUCCUCUUGUUAAUAACGCAAAAACCGCACUACAGGAGAAAACGGUUGACCCGUUUCUUCAACUGGUGGAAGAUUCCAAGCUAGAUGCUGUGUUCUAUGGACAAGAAGAACAACCAGCAAAGAGUUAUGGUUCAAAAGAAGACGAUGAUGAUGCUUUGAUUUCACUUGUGGCCAUAGAAGAAACUACACAAAGUCAACCUCGAGAACAUUACGCUGCCAUGAUAAUGAAGUUUCUAGGGAAACUAUCAGAUCAAGACGCGUCGUCUAUAAAGGAGCAGCUAGUUUCAGAUUUUAUACCUAUCGACGGUUGUCCUGUUGGAACACAGUUGACAGAAUCUCCAGUUCAUGUUCACCGUUCUGAAGAUAAAAACAACAAACCACGAGAAAUGGAUGAAACUCAGUCUCUUAUACCGGAGAUCGAUGCAGCACCAACUCCUCCAGAAGAUCAGCUUGCUCUUGAUACACAACCUAAUGCCAAAACCGCCUUUCUCCUAAGCAUCGAUGAACUUCUUAGUGCAGUGUCUCAGACAACAGCACAGUUAGGGAGAUACUCAGUGUCUGAUCCACCAGACAUGACAUACACAGAAAUGGCAGGACACUGUGAGGCACUUCUCAUGGGGAAGCAAGAGAAGAUGUCUUUCAUGUCUGCAAAAAGCAACAAGUUCAGUAACCAAACCAAAGAGAGUAGUAGUCCUACUUUGCCUUCUGGUGGUGGUGGGAAUCCUUUUGUGGAUCAGCCAAACUCUUGGGAGACUAUGGGACUGGGUGCACCUGCAGCCGCUUCGAAUAUGUGUGUCACUGAGUACCAAAACCAUCCUCCUUUCUUCAAUCCUCCGAGCUCCACUCCUUUUGACAACUUCCUUAAGCCCGUUGGUUCCUCCUGAUUAGUUCUUUACCUUUUGUUUCUCUUCUAUACUUAUUACUCUUUAUAGAACGUGAAUAACUAUAACUUAUUCCAUAAAAAAAGAUGCAAAAAUGUAAGUUACUUGCUUAAAUAAAUACCUUUUUUG